AUGAUGGAACGGCCAACUGGUCCUCCUCUCGGGGCGGCGAUAAUGUCAUCGGGUCGACCAAAAUUCGAAAACGGGAUGCAAGGUCAAGGUCCAGGUCCAGGUCCAGGUCAUAGGCCACAAAACCUGAGUGCAUCUCGACAUGCUCCAACAAUUCGGCAUGCUCAGUCAAAUUCUUCGCUGUCUUCUCAACUUCCUUUAUCACAAGGACAAGUUAUCGCAUUGGCACGGGAAUAUAUGAAUAAGGCCUUGGAAGAAAACAUAAUGAAAGCUGCAGAGUCAAGCGCUGUUAGCAACGAGCUAAAGCCAGGAGUUACGAUCGAUCUGAGCCAUAAACAUAUACAAAGAUUUCCGGACGAGGUUGUCGAUAUUAUAAAAGUCGAGCUUGAACGACUUGCGUUAUCCCACAACCAGAUUUCCACAUUCCCCGCCAAAUUCGCCGAAUGUACUUCACUGCGAUAUCUGAACGUCCGGAACAAUGUUAUUCGGGAAUUCCCACUAGCAAUAUGCCAGUUGACCUCUCUUGAAAUUCUCGACCUCGGACGAAACAAGCUUCGGACUUUACCACCAGAGAUCAUAAACUUGACAUCACUGAAAGUUCUAUCCGUUCAAAAGAACAGAAUUGAGGAACUUCCUUUAUGUGUGGCAGACAUGACAUCCCUUCAGGUCCUUAAAUUGGAUGGGAACCCCCUAAGGUUUCCACCCAAAGAGGUACUUCAACCGCAAACUUUGAACUCUCCCAGCGGUGGUGCCCCCCAAGAAGGUGAAAUAGACGAUAUCACUGUUACAGCACAGAUCAAAAGAUUCUUGAAGCAUAAAGCUAUGGGUCGACCCGAAACCGAAUCUGGUGGAGAAGAAUCAAGCGAAGGCACCGAGACUCCACGACCUACUAUGAAGCGUGUUGUGAGUGGCCGUUUCCCUAUAAAAGUCGACGGCGUUCCCGCGUCACCAGCUCAGUCUCGACCCCCGCCUAUACCUUCUCGAUCGCAUCAAAGAGGUUAUUCGCAACAGAGCGCAGCACUUCGGCGGCCUGGCGUAAUGCCUCUUACCAUUGGAAGCACAAAUGAAAGGGUUCGCAGCAACAGCGAGAGCCUCUUGCAAGCUAAUCGCGAUCGUCCAGACCGUUCUUCAUCAGAUCGCUCACGACGAAUGGGUAUCGUUUCAAGAAAGGCAGCUGAAUUAGGAACCGUUGACGAGACGAACAAAUCGAAUCGCUACAGUCUUCAUAACAGAGGUCUCAGUCAUGGAUCUGCAAUGCAAGGUAGUAGUACUGGAUCCAAUGGUAAUACGACUAGCCCAGCAAGUCCCGCAGAUUCCGUCGGCCAACGAGCCACCUAUGUCCGCCGAUUAUCGAGUUUACCGGAACGCAAACGAGAAUCCACUUCGCCGGAUCCUAUUAUUGAAGGGGCUAAGGGUGUAUUGUACGCUUUGUUUCAAGUCCAUCCUCUUAUCGAAACACUGAUCGGUCUGGUUCGAAAUCCUGGCGAGAAGAAAUCGACAUUGGAGAGAGUAUUUUACAAUGCCAAAACACACGUAGAAGAGCUAGAUCAGGAUGUUCAACGCUAUGAUUCUUACUCCGAAGAGGACGAAGAAGCUUCUCCUCGAUCAAACGAAAACGUCAAACGUGCCUGCUUGACUUGCGUUGGUGCAUAUAUCCAUGUAUGUGCUCAACUAUCUCAAAAUGUCGAAAUUCUUCUUAUCAACGGCGAUCCUCGAUAUAUUCGUACGCUACUACUUCAAUUGUACGGAAGUGUAGCGGAAGUACGAAAUGCCGGCACGAGCUUAUUUCCUCCUGGACAAAGUCGGACUGGUAGACAUCCGGAAAGCAACUACGAGGCAGGAUCUCAAACCAGGGAUAAAUCAGUCACUCCGACUCGAGAGAGGCCAGGCACCAAUUUUAGAACAAGAAGUGCGACUGUCAUUCAGCAUUCAAAUAACCUACGAGUUGCGAUAGAAGCUCCACCACCAUUUUUGAAUGGAAAUGGGCGGUCCGCAACUAUGACCAGCGCUACACCACGCUCUGGAGAAUCGUUUGUCUCAACAGGGACCAGUGGACGCUUGGUAGGAGACUUUACUGAGGAAGAUAAAAACUUCGAAAAGAUAUUUCUACGUCUGCAACAAACAUCAGAAAUGACUCUCAGAACCCUUCCCAGUGUCAAUGCCCAUUUCCUCGGGUCCAUGCAAAAGAGUGCCAAUUCAAGUAAUGCAGAUCAUGCUAAACAGUAUUGGCAAGUUUUAAUACAUAAAUGCACGAACGCGUUACACAUAGCCGAUGCACUCAAAGCUCGCCUGUCAACAAUCAAACUCAAAGACCCUGAUAUCAGAGAGCAAAAGGCAUUCUGGGAGAUGUGUUGGGCAAUGGUAGAUUCAUAUCUCGAUCUUGUUGUCAAAGUCAAGGAAGUAAAAGGCGUAAUCAGCUUUGUCCCAACCGAAGUCAUUAUUCUUCUCAGACCCCUUCAAAGAGCCAUCAAAGAAACGGGACAAAUGAUUACGGAAUCACCCUGGGGUUUCCUAGCAAAUCGACAAACAAAUGGUGGUUCGAACGGCUCCUAUACGACACAAUCACCUGCAUCACGAGUUCCUUUACCAAUGACUCCACAAAGCGCAGCGUUAGGGCCCGCGGUCCAAGCUACUGUCCCCUCUACUCCGCAUAGCGCAGCGUUUGGCGCAAUGUUUAAUGGCAAUGUCUUUGAGCGCCCGGACAACUACUUGUCGAAUGGAUCGAGAGCUGGUACCAUGACUUCUCAAUUGGUUGUUAAUGAUGGACCAACAAUCAUGCUAAGUCCAUCACAUUAUAUGAACAAUCGGUACAAAAGUAAUGGAAAGGUGGCCUUUUGA